CAGUAGAAAAAAAAUUCGAAAAAGAGGGGCCCAGAGAGAGAGGAGAGAGAAGAGAAACGGCGGCGAUGACGUUGCAGAGAGGUUUGCCUCUUCUCUGGCAGCAGUACACGGCGCUCUUCUGGAAAAACCUUCUUCUUUCAUGGCGGAGCAAGCGAGCCACGUUCCUUCAGCUAUUCGCUUCCUUCUUCUUCAUCCUCCUCAUCUUCUGUAUCCAGGAGGCUAUGGAGAAGAGCUUCGCUUCCUCCACGGCUCUCAAGACUGUUACCGAUCCCACGGCUCUCGUCUCGCCGCCGAUUCCUCCUUGUGAGGAUAAGUUCUUCGUGAAUCUUCCCUGUUUCGACUUCGUCUGGAGCGGAAAUCGUAGCCCGCGGGCGAGAGACAUUGUUGACGCGAUUAGGGCGAAUAAUCCGGGGAGACCGAUUCCGGAGGAGAAGGUUCGACCAUUCGGGACUCCUGAUGAGGUAGAUGCGUGGCUUAUGGCGAAUCCCUUGCAAACUCCAGGAGCCUUGCACUUUAUGGAGAGAAAUGCUACAGUUAUUAGCUAUGGUAUUCAAACAAAUUCAACUCCAGAGAUGAAUCGAGGGAGGUUUGAAGAUCCCACGUUUAAGUUCCAGAUACCGCUUCAAAUAGCCGCUGAGCGUGAAAUCGCAAGAUCAUUAAUAGGAGAUCCAAAGUUUAACUGGGUUGUCGGAUUUAAGGAAUUUCCGCACCCGACUAUCGAAGCUGUUGUUGCAUUGGACACGAUAGGUCCGACUUUCUUCCUUGCUGUCGCCAUGUUUGGUUUUGUUCUUCAAAUCAGUUCUUUGAUCACUGAGAAAGAGCUUAAACUUCGCCAGGCAAUGACGAUGAUGGGCGUUUUUGACACUGCUUAUUGGUUGUCAUGGCUUACAUGGGAAGGGAUUCUUACUGCUCUCUCGGCGCUCUUGAUAGUUCUCUUUGGAAUGAUGUUCCAGUUCGACUUUUUCUUGAAGAACAGUUUCCCUGUUGUAUUCUUACUUUUCAUGCUUUUCCAGUUUAAUAUGAUUGGACUAGCAUUCAUGCUAUCAGCUUUUAUCAGCAAGUCAUCUUCUGCAACAACUGUCGGCUUCUUUGUGUUUCUGGUUGGAUUUGUAACACAGCUUGCAACAUCGAGUGGGUUUCCCUAUGCCAAGAAUUUUUCUCGCACGAUCAGGGCGCUCUGGUCACUGUUCCCACCCAAUACCUUUUCUCAGGGCCUAAAGCUGCUUGCUGAUGCAACUUCAACUCCUCAAGAUCCUGGAAUUAGUUGGAGUAAGAGAGCAGAAUGUGGACCCAACGAUGACACUGAUUGUGUGAUAACAAUUAAUGAUAUUUACUUGUGGCUUCUUGGGACAUUCUUCUUGUGGUUUGUUAUGGCUCUCUACUUUGACAAUAUUGUUCCAAAUGCGUCCGGUGUAAGAAAAUCUAUCUUUUACUUCCUAAAACCUGGUUACUGGACCGGUAAAGGUGGCAACCGAGUGGAAGAAGGUGGAAUUUGUAGCUGUACUGGUUCAGUCCCUCCUGUGGAUCAUAUCACCCCAGAUGACGAGGAUGUCCUUGAAGAAGAAACGUUAGUUAAACAACAUUCAAUGGACGGCGUGGUUGAUCCGAACACACCAGUUCAAAUACGUGGUCUUGCAAAGACUUAUCCUGGGACGACGAAGUUCGGAUGCUGCAAGUGCAAAAAAACUGCUCCGUAUCACGCUCUGAAGGGGUUGUGGAUGAAUAUUGCCAAAGAUCAACUAUUCUGUCUUCUUGGACCCAAUGGCGCAGGGAAAACAACUACUAUCAAUUGUUUGACAGGCAUAAACCCAGUUACCGGUGGUGAUGCACUAAUUUAUGGAAAUUCUAUAAGAAGCUCUGUUGGUAUGUCUAACAUCCGCAAAAUGAUAGGAGUUUGUCCUCAGUUUGAUAUACUUUGGGAUGCUUUGUCUGGUGAAGAACACCUCCGCCUCUUUGCUAGUAUCAAAGGGUUGCCACCUGCUUCGAUCAAUUCGAUGGUUGAGAAGUCACUGGCAGAGGUAAAACUCACAGAAGCAGGGAAAAUCAGGGCAGGAAGUUACAGUGGAGGAAUGAAACGCCGACUCAGUGUUGCAGUUUCACUCAUUGGUGAUCCCAAGCUGGUCUUCCUGGACGAACCGACUACAGGCAUGGAUCCGAUCACGAGGAGACACGUGUGGGAUAUUAUACAAGAAACCAAGAAAGGUCGCGCCAUUAUACUAACGACGCAUUCGAUGGAGGAAGCUGAUAUUUUGAGUGAUCGAAUAGGGAUAAUGGCUAAGGGUAGGCUUCGGUGCAUUGGAACCUCGAUCAGGUUGAAGUCACGGUUUGGCACAGGUUUCAUUGCUAACAUUAGCUUCGUUGAAAGCAACAACCAAGAAAACAACGGCAAUAACCACAACGGUGAAGCUGGUGCUGCAGAUUCACGCGAGCCAGUAAAGAAAUUCUUUAAAGAUCAUCUCAGUGUCAAACCAAUAGAAGAAAACAAGGCCUUCAUGACUUUUGUUAUACCGCACGACAAAGAAAAUCUUUUGACUGGCUUUUUCGCUGAGCUCCAAGAUAGAGAAACCGAAUUUGGAAUCUCAGACAUCCAACUUGGUCUCGCAACUCUUGAAGAAGUCUUCUUGAACAUAGCAAGAAAAGCUGAACUCGAAAGCGCUGCUGUAGAUGGAACAAUGGUCACUCUCGACUUAACAUCUGGCUCAUCCGUGGAGAUACCGGUAGGGGCAAGAUUUGUUGGGAUACCAGGAACCGAAACUGCAGAGAAUCCUCGGGGAAUCAUGGUGGAAGUGUAUUGGCAACAAGACGAGUCAGGAUCAUUGUGCAUCUCAGGACAUUCCUCGGAGAUGCCAGUUCCUGAAAAUGUUCCAGCGACAGAUCCGGUGGCAACAGGACAUGGCGGAGUAAGCUUGUUGGGACGGAGAGGAAGGAGACAACAAGUUCAAGGAAUUGUGAUUGAUCCUGAUUUUGUUAACAGGUUUUCUAGAAGCGGUUCUACUAGAAGCGGUUCCACUUCUUUCCGACGAUCUUCAUUGUGAAAAUGGAAAAAUCUAACACACUCACACAGAUACACAGUUCUUUAACUUACCGGUGGACUCGGCUCCUCUACAGGUUAUUUCUGGUGCUUUGUUGUAUUUUUAUACGUAAUAACAAAUCACGGACGUGUUUGUUUAAAAUUGUUUUUACGUGAUUAUGAUGUAAAUUAGACGAAAGUUUGUGAUUAAGUAACAAAUAUCCAUACUGGAAUGUUCAUUUCAUAAUAUGAUUUAAAGAUCGAUCAUCU